AUGGGUGUCCUGGCUGGCGUAUUGUUCUGUGGCUUGUUUGCCAUCAUCAAGUUGGUCAAUGUUCCGAUGCCAUUUUUCACCAGUGUCCUGUAUGUGAACGAAAUAGUGCUGUGUGUAUUCCUCACAAUAGUGACCGUUGUCAGAGGAUGCAGUGAAAGACUCCGGUACAACAAAUUUUUCGAAACCGUUCUAGCACUAUCUAUGGCCACACCAGUAAGCGAUUGGGCCAACAUAUUGAGGAGUCUACAAAUAAGAAUGCAAUGGAUUUUUGCAGCCUUUGCAUCUCUGGCUGCUUUGGUUGUGUUGUGUGAUUAUUUGCAUUUUGGUAGCUUCUACGCCACGCUUCUAACUCUGGGAACUUACGUAAUACCCAACGCCCUAGUGACCAUGUCUCUAGGCCAAUACUGUUACGGCGUUUUUCUGGUACACAAGCUACAGGAGCACAUCAAUCGUCGGCUGCACGGGCCGUGUCUGCAUGAAAACAGCUUGGAGGAAGCCAAACACUACUAUCUGCAUCUUUCCCGAUGCUUUGAACUCAUUAUACGAUCCUACGAGGUGAUCAUCGUGGGUAACACGCUUGCCGGUAUCAACGUGACUAGCUUGCAGCUUCUUGAAAUCUACCAGUAUUUACAAGCAAAUGAGUUGAGCUGGGUUUAUUUUUCCUACAACGGGCUCUGGAUUAUGUUCCAAUGCUGCAUGCUUCUUAUGAUACUGUAUCCAAGCCACCUAGUCAAACGCGAGGUAACUAAGGUACAUUAG